CUCAAGCUAAUCACCACCCGACCAGCUACAAGAGAGCGUCACCACAAACGACCCCUCAGCAUCGGAAGUUAAAACACAAACGGAAGAAACCAAACAGGGAAAAUAAAAUCCACAGAGAUUCAAGCCAAUAUAUCAAACUCCCUGGAAGAAGCAAAUAGCUUGAAACAGAGGAACAAUCCAAACCAGCAAUGCAAUGCAAUGUGCGGAGACAUAUUCGACCGUUUCGAGUUUUUACACACAGUCUACGAACUACCGACAUGGCCCGUACCAAGCAAACCGCCCGCAAAUCUACCGGAGGCAAGGCUCCCAGGAAGCAGUUGGCCACCAAAGCCGCCCGCAAGAGCGCACCGGCGACCGCAGGUGUGAAGAAACCCCAUCGUUACCGUCCCGGUACCGUGGCUCUCCGUGAAAUCCGUCGUUACCAGAAGAGCACCGAGCUGUUGAUCCGCAAAUUGCCGUUCCAACGUUUGGUCCGCGAGAUCGCCCAAGACUUCAAGACCGACUUGCGUUUCCAGAGCUCGGCCGUCAUGGCUCUGCAAGAAGCCAGCGAAGCAUACUUGGUCGGUCUGUUCGAAGACACCAACUUGUGCGCUAUCCACGCCAAGCGUGUUACCAUCAUGCCCAAGGACAUCCAGUUGGCUCGCCGUAUUCGCGGAGAACGUGCUUAAUCGUCUCAAUACUCUACAAAUCCUCUUUAAAACGGCCCUUUUCAGGGCCACUACAUGCGUUAAAAUUAUUUCUCUAUCGACCUUACAGCGGGCGCCGCGCUGUUGAUAAAAUUAAUACAACAGUUUUGUACUCAAUAGUUUUAUUAUUAUCGACGGUCGUGGGUAUCCCCCCGAGAAUGUUGUUACUUACAUUUUUAGAUUAAUGUUGAAAAUUCCCAACGACCGUUUUUAUUGAAGUAUUAUUUAUAUUUUAAAAAAAAAGCGGGUAAAAGAAUAGGCGGUAGACACGGCGGUGGC